AUGGCAAAACCAAGCAUUCUCUUCGUGACCAACCAAGAGCUAGGACAAGCUACUGUCGCCCUGGCAGUUGCCCAUGAGUUCCUCAUCCGUCAGUCCCACGACGUCCACAUCGCCUCGUUUCCAGGGCUUGAACCAACCGUGUCCCAUCUCAACGUCCAAGUCCAGGCUACCCUAUUGCAGUCCUCGUCCACAAGCGCAACCUUCCAUGCUCUACCUGGUCGGUCCAUGGCAGAGGCUGUGAUGUUCGGCACUGGCAGCAAUCCAUCCAGCCGCAGCUCAUCCGGCAGCCCAUCCAGCAGCUGGUUCAAUUCCCAUGACAUUGGCCUCUUCGGCGCUCGUAAGGCUUAUCCCAUGCUGUGUGGUCUCAUGGUACCUUGGACUGGAGAUGAGUAUAUUGCGGCCUACAAUAGGUGCAUUGAAAUCAUCAAGGAAGUUCAGCCCUCAAUCGUCGUCAUUGAGCCUCUUCUUGCUCAGGCUAUCGAUGCUUGCCGAAUGCUUCAGUGUAAGUAUGUGAUCUUGAGUCCGAACACCGCGAAGGAUCAUGUGGUGCAGCCAUAUCUAGCAAAUCUUUGGAAGUUUCCGAGCCUCUGCUCUGGAUACUCAUUCCCCGUACCCUGGAAAUACGUCCUACCCAACGCAUAUCUUGCCAUCAGUGGCGGACUCACAUUUUUCAACUCGCCCGUCUUCAAGGCCAUCGAUGAACGCCGUCACGCCGAAGGUAUCACUGGCCCAUACCCGGUUAUGAUGUCCUCCGAGAAGAGCCCCACGCCUAUACUCAUGGCUUCACAUCCUGCUAUCGACUUCCCUUGCUUCAUCCCAGACGGCAUAACGAGCUGCGGUCCGAUCCUGCGUCCUUGUGCUCCGAUCAGCGAGGCGUGCCCGGACCUGGCCAAAUGGCUGAAAUAUGGUCCUACUAUUUUGAUCAAUCUUGGAUCGCUUGUGUGCUAUGACCGUAUCCAGGCUAGAAAGUUCGCCGAUGGUCUGCGCAUGAUCUUGGAUGCUAGACCCGAUGUACAGGUCCUCUGGAAGCUGAAGCCUGACCGCAAGGUAGAACCUGCGGAUUGGAUCCCUGAAGCUCUGAUGGAUAUCUUCGACGAGGUGUCAGUCGGCCGUGUACGUAUUGAAGAGUGGCUUCCCGUCGAACCAAUUUGCAUUCUCCAGAGCGGACGUGUCUGUUGUAUGGUUCACCAUGGAGGCGCGAACUCGUAUAACGAGGCUGCACGGGCUGGUGUACCGCAGAUCGUCCUCCCCGUCUGGUUCGACACGUACGACUUCGCCGCGCGUGUGGAGUACCUCGGAAUAGGAGUUUGGGGAAGCAAGACGAGUGCGCCUGCAGUCAAUGUCCCCGAGCUAGGCAAGGCGUUUCUCACUGUUUUGCAUAGCGAGGAUUGCACCACGAUUCGUGACAACGCCAAGGCAAUUGCAUCAAAGCUCGGCUCUUCGGAAGGACGAGUCGUGGCCUGUGAAAAGAUCAUAGAGAUGCUCGAAGACUAG